GAUGAAUCUUUCAAACUUUCAAUCUGUAAAUUUGAUCUAAAGACUGAGAAAUUGACCCUUUUACGUUUCCUUCAUUAAGAAUUUCAUUAAGAAUUCGGUGUCUUGAAUUUCUGUACUAUUGAGAGCUCGUAACUUUAUAAGUCAAUGUAUUUUUUAACGAAACGAGUCUUAAAUUAGAAUUUUUAGAGAAAAAUAGAAAGCUCAAUCUAGACACUGACAAAUUGGCUCUUUUCUAUCUUCAUGAUUAAUUCAUAUGAGUUUACUUAAUUGUAUUGUAAUAUAAUGUAAAAAUUAUAAUGAGGCCUUGCCGAAAUUGAAUUAAUUAUGUAAAUCAGUGAAUGUAAUAAAGAUUUCUUUGUAGUACAUAAAUCAAACAUGUAAAAGCAGUUACUCGUCACUUGAACAAUUUUUAUUAUUCUGUUACUAUUUUCACACGUAUAAAACACAUCUCAUAUUUAAUCACGGAUGUAUAUAGGAAUAAUUCAUCUUUAUAUGUUCUCUGUCCACGAUUUAUGCACAUAAACAAGAAAAUUAGUAUUAUUCCUUAUUGCUUGUACAAAUAAGUCGGAUAGAAGAAGCGUGCGCAGGUUAACGCGAGAUGAACGAAGUAUCAAGGUUAGUUUUGUAAGUAGUGCAUGGCAUUGUGUCAAUUUAAAAAAGAAAGUGUCGCAAUUUUUCUCAGGAGAGGCUAUAAAUUACAGCCGGUUUCAAAUCGCCGAAACCCGCAUAUAUAUGAUAUGAGAAAAUAUGAUCGGAUUCAUUUAUUAAAUAAGUUUCGUCAAAAUAAUAGUGCGCGAUGUUACAAGAGCUCGAGAUACAAAACCGUAGGCCGUCCGGUGAAGAGAAUGAAACUUUGAUCGAGUGUAUCGAUUAUCUUGAUCCGUCGAUCAGUUACGAUGAGUUCUUCGCGAAAUAUUUAAUGGAGAACAGGCCGUGCAUAUUUAAGUCGAGUAUAACCGAGAACUGGUCGUGCAAGAGGCAGUGGAACCUGGACGGUGCGCCGGACUUCGAUGUUUUGGAUAUAUUAUUCGGUGACUGUACGGUGCCGGUCGCAGAUUGCAAUAAAAAAUAUUAUAACUCGCAAUCGAAGGACGAUAUGAAAAUGCGAGAUUACUUGGCAUACUGGACAGAUUUUGCGAAGGAUCCUUAUUCAAAAUCCAUGCCACUGUUAUAUCUGAAAGACUGGCAUUGCCCGAAGUUAUUUCCCAACGCACCGAUGUAUACCGUACCCGAGUUCUUCGCGUCCGACUGGCUCAACGAAUACUACAUCGCGAAUCCUGAUUUAAACGACGACUACAGAUUCGUUUAUAUGGGACCCCAAGGCACAUGGACUCCGUUGCACGCAGAUGUGUUCGGUUCGUACAGCUGGUCUGCGAACUUAGUAGGCAAGAAACGUUGGUUGCUGUUCCCUCCGACGCAAGAGAACUUCCUCCGAGACAUACAUGGCCAAUUGAUAUACGAUGCGACGUCCGAAGAGUUGAACGACUAUACUAAAUACAAAGCGUACGACAGGAGAGCCGUGAAGUUCAUCGACAUCAUUCAAAAGGAAGGAGAGAUCAUCUUCGUGCCCUCAGGAUGGCAUCAUCAAGUUAUAAAUAUUGAGGAUGCGAUUUCUUUGAAUCAUAAUUGGAUCAACGGUUGCAAUAUCAUGAAUGUGUGGCGAGGUUUGAAGAAGGAGUUGAAUUCUGUGAUGAAGGAGGUGAGCGACUGCAAGGACAUGGUCAACUGGCAAGAACAGUGCCAGUUGAUAUUGAAAUCCACGUACGGGAUGGAUUACGGUUUCUUCUUCGAUUUUCUGGUGUUCAUAGCGAAAAGUCGAUUGAGCAUGGCUUUGGAAAAAGUCGACGUGGUCAGCUUCAACAAGUACAAACUCGGUCUUAAUCAUUGCGUGUUCGAUCUGCACUCGGUAAAACUAACGUUGAUCGAUUUCAUCAACGAUAUGGAAGAGAAGGACAUUUAUCAUCUAAUAUGCGAGAAGCAGCAAGCUCACAAAUUGUUAAACAGGAUCAUAACGUUCCUGCAGUCGCACGAUAUAAAAGAUACGAGCUCGUCUUCGUGAUAGAAAGGAGCGAAACAAAUCAGAUAUAAUUUGUGUAUAUUUUUUAUAUAAGCCAAAGAAACACUGUACAUAUUGUAAAAAAAAACUGUGACGAGAAUGAAAGAAAUAAAAUGAGGAAGGAACGAUUUUUACCGCAUUAUUAUUCCAUGGCGAACGUGUGUGAUUUGUUCAAAUAUUUUAUUUCCUCAUUAUAGAAUGUUUCAACGUCUAACACAAUGUAAAUAUAAAAAUAUGACACUGUUUAUUAAAGAAAGGUGAUCGUCGACGUCUCGGAUAA